AUGCCGCAAUCAAAAUCAAAGCUCAAAGCGAAGAUGGAAGUGGACCCACAAAUCUUAAAGCAGUCACAGGAGGCAGAGGAGGGACUCAAGGAGAUCCAGCGAAAUCUGCCCACAAGCGAGCGCCUGCGCCACCAGGCGUACAUCAAGAGCCUCACAGAGGCCCAUUCGCAUUUGUACCAGAAGUGGUUGCACGCCUACAGUCUUGUGAAUUCGUACAACCUUGAAGUUGCUAUCGAAAAUAUGUCCGACGUAGCCAAGCUACUGAGGAUCACGGUGCCGCCUGGGCACCGAUUCAACAGCGAAGCCGAGCACGCCAAGUGCUUGUCAGGUCUCAUAGGAGCUAAAGCGAUUGAGGAGCUCGCCCAGGAGGGGCGUGUCCGGAGUCAAGAGGUGACUCUCGAUCUGGUCAUGGAGGAGAUGACGAAGAGGUUCGACAGACUGCCUGAGGCACUCGCUAAGGCUCUGUUGCCUAGACCUUUAGGAGAGGUAGCAGGCCCUGACGAAGCUGGCCCUUCGGAGAGCGUUGAUGACGAAGACGCCACAGAGCAGGGCCCUGCAAUUACGGUCAAACAGGAACCGCAAGAGGAGAGCGUUCUGGACCAGGUAGAGGACGUCAAUGCCCCUCUUGCGGCACAGGGCAGUGGCAGUGGGAACAAGCGUCCGCCCACAAACAGCCCACUAGCAGACCAAGUGCCGUUCAAGAGGGUUGGCCCUACUUUGACCCGCUCCGCCUUUGGAUCUGUUGCCUUUGCCACCCCCUCCGGCCUGGCCAUUAGUGACGCUCUCUCGCCCUCUGCUGCCGCUUCCGCCUCCGAAAUCCCGACUUCGAUUCCCUUGAUUUUCGGACCCCAUGCAACGUCGGCAGUGUCUCGGUUGCCUUCAUCAUCCGCUCCUCCUCCCCCGAGCGGCCCCAAAUCAACGGGUUCUCGGUUCCCUUCUUCAUCCGCUCCUCCCCACCCGAGCGGCCCGAAGUCGACAUCAGUGUCGGCAGCUUCCGGCUCCGCGAACCCUCCGAGCGGCCCGAAGUCGACAUCAGUGUCGGCAGCUUCCGGCUCCGCGAACCCUCCAAGCGGACCAAAGGGCUGGAAGGGUCCGGCUUCUAACAGGACGAAGAAGUAG